AUGCCGGGUGGCGUAUGUGCCGUCCUCGAUUACGAGGUCGACAUGAUGGCUGAAUAUGUUGCCGAAAUGGCAGUGCGUGUCGUCAACUCUGAGGGCACAGUCACAUCCGCCUUUCGAAAAUUUGUUACACAAAUUCUCACCUCAACUAGACUUCCGAGCACCACGAUUCUUUUGGGCAUGAAUUACCUCGCCAAGCGCAUCAAUGCAAUGAAGGGGCAGGGUCCCUACAAGGCAUCGGAAGGCCAAGUGUGGCGAUAUUUGACCGUCUCGCUCCUUUUGGGCAGCAAAUUUCUCGACGACAACACGUUCCAGAAUCGGUCAUGGUCUGAGGUCAGCGGUAUCGCUGUGUCCGAGUUGAACUCUUUGGAGUUUGACUGGGUCCAAGCCAUGGGCUGGCGGCUCUACGUCAACCUGGACCUGAGCAAGGACUACCAGGCUUGGUUGGAAAACUGGCGCGAGUGGCAGCAGAUGAAGAAGCGACAGGCAGUCCAGGCAAACCGCGAGAGACUUGCCUCCCUGGUACCUGCAAUCGAUACGGAGUUGUCAAGAUUCAGUAGCAACCGCCAAUCACCGCACUCGCGCUAUCUGCAAGAGCAGGUUGCUGAAUACGAGCGCUACCAGAGCAUGAAGUCCCAGCCGCAGACAUACCGGUCUCGCGAUGCUACCUGGGCUCACAACCCGUGGAAUGCUCCCUUGACGCCGCCUGACUCUGGCUAUGGCACUCCAGAGUACGUCAUGUCUGCCACGUCCAGCAACGCUCGGUAUAAUGAGUGGUUUGCUCAGGCCACCGCCCAGUACAGCAACCGGUACCCUCAACCACCCGCUCACAACUCCUUCUACCAGCACCGUCAAACACCAUACAACCCCCACUAUUCCUAUAAUCAUGGCGUAUGGGACCACGGUGUCGGUGAAUGCACCUGCCCCAACUGUGUCAGUCCCAUGAAGCAGACUCCCUACUUCAUGUCUCACGGAUAUGGCCAACAGGUUGUUGGCUAA